UCACGUGAUUUAAAUUAACAAUCUUUUUGAUUGAUCAAAAAACUCAAACAUUGUAAUAUUAAUCAAAUGUUAAUGUUGUAGUAGAUACUUAAAUUACACACUGGAUAAUUAAUUUGCGAUUUUCGAUAAAUUAUCGUGAAUGGAAUUACAAUUUGCAGUUUCCUAUUUGACCCACCUGUCACUGUCAUUUAAGUGUCAAAAGUUUGUUUAUAGUUAAGUGGAGUGUUUUCAUUAAUUAUUAUUAAUUAGUAACAGAAGUCGAUAUGAUGGGCAUAACUGGAGCCUUCUCGAGUUUGGGAAUUAACGAGCGGUCACAUAUUCCACAAGAUAAUUCCCCAGGGAGGGGCAAGUUUCCCAAGAAUCACAGUACUUUGAGUCUUCCAAAUUUGGUGUCUCCAGAUUCGCCAGUUUCGGUCAAUUUUCUCCGAACUAACUACUCGGGUUGUAAUUGUGACGAUGAAACCGAGCCAAGUGAACAACCCGUCGAUUUUAGUAAAAAAUAUUGUGAAACUAAACAACUCAAAAAUCCUCGCAAUUGCACGUUUAAUAAAGUCGUCAAGAGUUACCAUAACAGUUUUACAAUGUAUGCAGAGACUGAUUUAGACCAGCCAACUGACUACUCGUUGAGAUAUGCAGAAGAUGAUUCUGAUUCCGACCAGUGUAAUAAAAUAACAAAGACUGAAACUGGUGAAUUCGUACAAGACACUAUAAAGACUUACUGCACCGAAGACACGCCAUAUGAAACCCCUUUUAACUUCUCCACGUCUACGUCAAUGUCCGAUUUACGCAUCGACGAUAAAGCCCCCUUGAAGUCAAAAGACGUGACUGUGAUUAACAAAGAAAUAGCCCCUCCAAAAAUCAAAUCCGAGUUUAGUUCCGGCCUUAUGUCACCGGAAAAGCCGGUCAAUUACUGCGAAGAGGGCACUCCGGGGUACUUCUCGCGCGUCCCCAGUUGCGGUUCUUUAAACUCAAUCCCCAAACCGGAGUUGAAGGAAGAAGAAACUCUCAUUGAGAAGAAAGAAACAAGAGAACCGAAAGCCGUGAAAUUCGAAGAAGUCGUGAACUACGCUGAAGAAACCCCGUUGAUGUUUUCAAGGACGAGUUCGUUGGCGUCCUUGGACAGUAUUGAGCAACACUCAAUUCACGAUGACCGCAGUUCCGUCGUGUCAGAUUUCAGUCGGUUGACCAGCGGUUUGAUUUCGCCAAGUGAACUGCCCGAUUCGCCCUCCCAGACGGUCCCCCCGAGCCCCAAACCUCGCAAACACCCCAGACGAAAAACUGUGCCAAAAUCGAGCGUUUUCGAAGACGCAGUUAAGAAAUUUGAAACGGAGAGGACUCCAUCACAUUUUUCAACUGCGACUAGUUUGAGUAGUUUAAUAGAUGACGAAAUUGAUGCCAAAACCGGAGAGGUUGGCAAUAGUGGUAAAGAAGCAGAACCGGUUUUAGAUAAUUUGAGCGAAAGUUCCGAAGAUGAGGGAAUUUUGGCGGCUUGUAUUAACAUAGGGAUGCAAAAUAAUAGAUAUAGCCAACCCAAGGCGACACCACCGCCCCCAAAUGACUUGCCACCGAAUUAUAAAUUUAGUAAAAAGGAUGAAAUUAUAGAAAAAUCGGAUAUCACGUGUGAUUCGGUUAAGACGUACUGCACCGAAGACACUCCAGCCAUUUUGAGUCAUGCCGGGUCGAAUUCGGACCUUAGCAACCUUUCAUUGCUUGGAAAGUCCGAAAGAAAUGAAAUUUUAGAAGUUGAUCCUGGACCAAGUCAUGAUAAUAGGGUGUCAGGUCCGAAAACGCUCGAAAUUCCAACAACCGGAAGCCCGCCGUCUCGACGCUCGUCUUUUUCUUUGAGUGACGAUUCGGACGAAUCAGGGGAGGCGUUGCUUCAGGAGUGUAUUUUAGCGGGGAUGCCGUCACAACCAUCAAUUUCGGGGCCCUCUGACGUGCCAAAAAAUUUAUCUAAUCCGGAUCUGGAACUUAAUCAAUCGUCUGAUGAAGAUGAUAAAAUAUUAACGGAUUGUAUAAACAUCGGAAUUACCAAAAAUAGAUAUACACAACCACAAAUUGUGAAUGAUUCAGUUAAGAAUUAUUGCACUGAAGACACUCCUGCGAUUUUAAGCCAUGCCGGUUCUUGCUCUGAUCUUAGCACAUUAUCUAUACAAAACGGGGGCGAAAAAGAGUACUUUUCCGACCUUAGUAAUUUUUCGGACGAAGAAGACGAAAAGUUAUUGGAAGAGUGUGUAAAAUUUGGAAUGGCCGUAAUUGCAAAAAAUAAGUUUAAUCACGAGAAAUUUGGUGAAGCUUCUAGGACGCCAAAAAAAUCUGAAUUCUCCUUGGAGGGUAACUUCAGUGACUCCGAUUCCGAGGAGUCGGAGCAAGCCCUUCUCCAGCAAUGCAUCGAAGCCGGCAUGCCGAAGCGCCCCCAAUCCCCUGACCUGACCCCCGCCGAGAAAGCCCUCCUCGAACAGUGUAUCCUUGAAGGGAUGAAAAAGUGCCGAAGUAUCCCGAAAAAACCGUUCGAGGACGAUUCGUCGGAACUGACAGAGGCCGAACAGGCCCUUCUUCGGCAAUGUAUUCUUUCCGGUAUGCCCAAAAACAAGAAUUUGACUCAAGGGGGGCCAUCGGCGGUAAAGGAAUCACACGAGUUGAGCGAGGCGGAAAGAGUGCUUUUGCAGCAGUGUAUUUUAGCAGGAAUGCCGAAAAGCAGGAGAAGGAAAGGCAAGGAGGACAGACAGGAGCACACGUGCUGUGUUCAUUGCCCCAGGAAUAAGGGGGCGAGGAGGAAGAAGUAUAAAGUGAAGGAGAGCCGGGAUGUGAACAUUUUGUAUGUGACGAGUCAGAUUCUGGUGAAGAAGGAAGUGGUGGAUAGGGGGCAUGAAGAGUGGGUUUGAGUGCCAAAUAUGUCUCAAUGUGAUAAAUAAAUUAAUACUCUAGCGAUCUUAUUCAUUUUACUUCCAUAAUAAUUGAAAUUAAACCAACCUAUUUAUUU